UCAAGACCAAAGUUCAUUAUUGAGAAUGGCAAAACUUACGUUUUGUAUACGAGCGAGCGUCAAGAAUUUGGAGACUUCUCUCUCAAGCUAAUGGGAGAGCUAAGUUUUCAAGGCGAGGUGGAAGAAAGGGAGGGACAUUGGGUGGCCUCGUGCACCGCUCAUGUGAUGGGACGCUUAGAAACAAGGUAAGCGGAAAGUUCCAUGUGGACACUGUCCGGUACUAUUGUUGUUCCAAUAGAAUAGAAAAACGUCUAGAAAGAAUUUCCCAAGUAGUUAUAGGUUUUUUUUUGCAAAUUAUUUUCCUUAUUUUUCGUUACUCCUUUCCCUUUAUGACCUUCAACCAAAAGAUUGGCGAAUGACACGCUGCGCCUUUAUGCAUAAGUUCCUUUCAACGUCAAUAUAAAAUCGGCAAAAUUAACAUUUCAAUUAAUUUCGAAUUUACCUUGAAUGCGCUUUUUUUGCAGCAAAUUCUAGGGUCGAAUAUCGUCUCCGAUUGAGGCAACGGUGAGCGGAAUGUAAUCUGCUUUUAUUUUUUUCUAAUAUAACCCAUCUCUACGCCAUGUCUCCUUUUCUGAUAAUUCUGUUGCCAUUCUGUAGUCUAGCGAAGCUAUUUUCCUUUUUUUCUUCAAAAUUCAAGGCGAAAGUUCGUCAAACUGCGUACCGCCUUUCCAACAUCGCUUGCCAUUUCCCCUGUUGAACACAAUGAAGACAAGGACUCUGGGAAAAGAGUAGGUGUCAACUUCCCAGAAUAACCCGCGCGGUGCCCUGCAUGCCUGGACGACUAAGAGAUUUGCGCUAAAAGUGUUUUCGUGUAUUUUCAAAAUACAUACUUCCCGGAAAGCGUCAUUUUACCAUAUUUCACUACAAAAUUUAGCACUGUGAUCUUUAAUGAAGGAGGUUUCGCGCUUUCCCGAUCGCAAAAUGAUAAAACUUCCAAGAUUUGAUAUCUUGUUUUCGCCAGAACUCGUAGUAAAACCAGUGCAACACCCUUUCCCGCCAAAAUGAUCUAACGCGCGAGCAAAUCUUCGAAUCUCAUCUUAGAAUCUCGUCUUAGAAUCUAAAUGCAUUUUUUUAACCACGAUUUUAAAUGUGUCAGAGAGGAAAUUUGGAAAUGAAUUUCUCUUUUGCAGGACGGUUGUGUUAUCCGCGAGUGCUUUCAAUUCGAGGCACCGCUUCCUUGAACAGCUACGCAGAAGGUUUGGUGGCGGGACAUUUAAUUUAGCGGGGAAUAUAGCUACGAAUACUCUCGCAGACUAUUAUUCCUCGCUGAAGGAGGACGCUCUUUCCGAUCCCGACCGUGAUAAACGGGUCUUCUUCCAUUCAGACCACUUCGGAUUUCAGUCAGGAACUUAUUGGAUUCUAUCGCCUGAUGUAAGUAUUUAUGAGGUUAACUUAAUUUAUGAUUUGAAGGUAAACCAAUAAUAAUUAUUGUACAUUUGUAGGCUUGGAGUUUGGAGUUAAAAUCUACAGAAGUUCUUUUUCUACUAAAUCAAGAGGACACAGGCCCUAUAGCUCUAUCAAAUAGAUCCCAUCUAAACUAUGCACUCUUAUUUUCUAAUUUCCUUCUAUCAGAGAAUCUAAAUACCAAUGAAAUUCUUAAUUUUACUUUAUUAUUAAUAAUAUUAUGAACUUCCGGGUGAAAUAUUGGAAAGUACCUAGUACUUCCCAUACAUAAUUUUUAUUGUACUUAGAAAUUGACACGUGUGGAGUAGGUCAUACCAUAUAUGAAAAUGGCAACAAUACCUUCAAAACCAAAAAAAUUGACUUUUUUUUUGUUUAGCUUCAUGUGCAGAAUGGAAAAAUAUUGCCUCCAACACGCCAUACUCAUUUCCUGUCAGAUACAUCCCUGACGACCUUUUCAACAGUUAUAAUGCCCCACGUUUUAGAGCGCGAUGUUGUAAAGUCAGUGACUAAAAGGUAUAUAUCCUUUUGUUUCUUGGGUGGACUGGGAAUUUCUUUAUUGUCAGUAAUAUCAAUGAACAUGCCCUGUAAGGGUGAAUUUCCCCUGCAGCAAAUGUUUUCCUUGCACCAUAUUGUUGCAGCCUCUGUUGUGCAAGCUUGAUUGUAGAGUGGGGUUAGAAUGGUUUAAGGGUAGUCUGUCCUACUCACAAUUUCCCCUUUGUCAUUACUGUGAAUAAUAAAGUUUAGGAUUAACCAGAGAGUAAGUGACGUUGACAGGUAUUGAUUCCAAUGCAAUAUCUGUGUGCUGGGCAGCGUACACAACUUUUUCCAAAAAAAAGCGUAAAAACUGCCCAGAGUUUAAAAAAAAAAAGCAAGCAAACAAACAAAUGCAAAUGAAGAUGCAGUUGCAGUUGCAUUCAAAAUGUACAUAGAUUUCUAAAAUUAAAUGCUUGCCAAGGUAAAUCUAUGAUUUCAAACCCUUUGUCUUAUUUGACGAAAUAUCGUAUGAAUGACUUACAUGUUCCACAACAACCAUGUUUUGUUGUUAAUUCAUGAAGGUAUUUGGAGCUAUCAGCUCAUUUCAGAAAAAAUGCAACAGCAUUUUUACUGUCCACCUCAUUUGUAAUCUGGAGUGGAGUGAAGGCGGUGCUCACAAGACUAGGAGAAGACUUUUCGGGUAAGAACAACUACCAGGCUACCUGCAUUGACCACUCCAGAAAAUACCAUAAGAUACGAUAAUGUUAAUGCUCUUUGUUUGUCACCUCAAAAUUAUGCAUAAGUAUUGCUUUCAGUUUCUGUUGGGGCCGUUUUAAUUCACACGAGAAACUGAAAACGCUGGUUAAUGUAAGAUUUCGGGGUGACAAACAGAGAGCAGUUUAUGGUAUCUUAUGGUAUUUUCUGGAGUGGUCAAUUGGACGAUUACAAUCUUCAAAUUAAAACUGGAGUGUUGGUUUGCGCGAACAUGCAGGAUUUAAUGUUAACAAAACUACUGACAUCAUUAAAGAGGGAAUUGAAAGAGGAGGGGUGCAGCUUGUUUUACUUUUCAUGCCCGAUUCUAGUUUAACAAUUUUUUUGUUUUUGAGAGAAUCUUUUUUUUGGAAUCUUAGAGCUCAAAAGAGUGCUUUAAAAAAUUAACUGUUGCUGUGCUUAAAGGUUUUGAUAUGCUUUUGAUAUUAAGAAUGAGAGCAACUGCAACCCCUGUAUAUCUGACUGUCUAAGGAUUUACAAACUUAGAUGAUUGAGAUUGUGGCUACAUGCACCUCCAGUAGGUGUAAUGCAUCAAAGGUUUCCCAUUCACCAUUUAGCUGCCCCCAAAUGUUUGGCAAGGAAGCAUAUCAUGUUGGCACCCAAUAAGAACAUGUUUUCCUGUGAAGUGUCCAUACUUAGAUACUGCUAUAUUGUUAUUGUUUGCACAGAUCAAAGUAGCAUUGGAGUGGUAUGUUCGAACGAAAGAAAUGUUGGAAAAAGCCUUACAUUGCAAAUUCUUGCAAGAGGACAAGGAAUAGACAGGCGUGCGCAUCCCUUGCUGUGUUCUGGGGGGGGAUCAGAAUGUCAGCGGCACAUCUUUGUAAGUUUCUUAAGAUAA